UGAAUAUUCAUAAAUAUUACAUUGACAUCAGUUAUCAGUGUCAUCACUCAGUUUAAUUUUUGUAUAUUUAAAAUACAAUUUUUUAUUUUAGCAGUAAAAAAAAUAAAAACCUCAUACUUAAGCAUUGCACGAAAAACUAAGUUUAAAAAAGGUAAGAUAAAAUUUAAUUAUUGUUGAAAGAUUAAGAAAUAUGCUCAGUAGUUAAAUGUAAAACAGUACUCAGUCUUCAAUGACAUUAUUUUAGACUUUCUAAUAAUUAACAUUAGUAGAAAUAUUAUAAAUUAUGUCCAUUGAACAUCAAUUAUAAAGCAUAUUCCAUUAUUAAAAAAAAAAUAGUAUAUCUGACCCCUAUGUAUUUGAAUUCUUAGAAUCUUAUUAAUUUAUUUCCAUUUUAUAUAUCUUGCAUUGAGGCUACAAUAAUCAUCAAAAUCUUAUGUCAGUAUUAAUUAACAAAAACAAAUGUUAUAAAUUAUAACCUAGUAAUAAUACAUCUCCUAAUCAUAACUGAUAAACACAAUUAAAAUAUAUAUACAAAAAUACUUUUUAAUUACAUAACAUAAGGAAAAUCAAAUACAUGGCAAUCACCAAAGGCAUAAAAUAGAAAUUGUUACCUUACCAAACAUAAUAAAGUCCUAUAACUAGGGUAGAUAACUGUUCUUGUGAUAUUGAUAUGAGUUAACUUCCUAAAUAAAAUAAAUUAAUUUGUAGGAAUUGAAAAAAGUCAACAAUGAAAAUAAAAGAUUAGUCUCUAAUAGACAAAACAGAGUUAUAAUAUUGUAACAUGUGACCAUCACAACUUAAAUUUACAAUUUAAUUUAAGUGUAUAUGAUUUUCUAAUAUUAUAAAAUGUAUAGGUACCAUUUUGAUAAAAAAAAAAAAAUGUUUACACUAUAAAUCAACAAAAACUAUAUUAACUCAUUUUUUAAUAAACAAAGAAUAAUUAAGAACAGUAAUUUUAGUAUCUUAAUAAUUUUAAAUAUCGACUGAAUUUAUAUUAUGUUAAUAGAUCAUUAAAUAAUUCAUUUUAAAAUAAUUUGUAUUUGAAAUACUAUUAUAAAAAAAAUGUAUACCAAAAUAUAUUGCAGAACAAUAUAAUAAUACAAUUUAGAUACCUAAGUUCCAAAGUUCUUUAUAGCAAAGUUAAUUACCAAAAUUUGUUAGCAACAAUAAAGAUUUUUAAAGAUUUAGACUUCUUACAUAACAAAAAGUAAAUGUACAAUAUAUAUUAUAAAGAUUUGAUUAACUAGUUAAUUCUAUUAAGUACUUACUUGUCUAUAGCAAUUCAUUUUUUUAAAGAUGAUAUCAUAGUUGAUACUUCCUUACAAAAACUUCAAAUUGUUCCUUUAUAAUUGCACAUAGUAACCAUCCUCAUACAAAAAUCGAAAAAUGUUGCAGGAACGGUUAGGAUGAAAUAUUUCGUAAUAUUUAUAAGACAAUACCUAACCAUAAUAAUAAUACUAUUUGAUCAUAAUAUUUCUAGUAUUAGUACUAGUAAAUAAUGUAUUUACCAACCUAUUUUUAAAUUAUAGGUGAAAAAUAAAUGUUCAGAAAUUGGAGUUCUGCAAUUACAUUUAAAGAAAUACCAGAUAAUAUUCCUUUUGUAUACAAAUAAUAAGACUGUCAGAUCUCUUACAGUAAAUAUUAAAAAUAUAAUAUUCCAAAAUAGGUAUUCACCAUAGCUAAAUUGUGUAUUAAUUAUAGAAUCCUCAGCAAAUCUUCAAACUCAUCUCAACCUAAUGUCUGAAUGGUACACCGAUUGGAGCAUUAAACCGAAUCCCAAUAAGUGAGUACAUACAACAUUCACUCUAUGCCACUCUAUUUAUCCUAAUGUCUAUUUACAUAACAUCUUUAUUCCCACAUCUGACACAGUUAGAUAUCUAGGACUUAACUUGGAUAAGUGCCUCACUCGAAAUAGCCAUAUCCGUAUUAAGAGACUUUCCUUAAACGCCCAUCUUUAUAAGCUUCGAACUUUAUUGGUAAAUAAUAAACACUCCGGAUUAAAAGUAAAAGUUCUUAUGUAUAAAAUAUUACUUAAACCUCUAUGGACAUAUGGUCUCCAAAUAUAGGGUACUGAAAAACUGUCCAAUAUCAAUAAAAUUCAACAAUUUUAGAAUAUUGCCCUUAGGAAAAUAAUGAAUGCUUCACCCUUUGUUUCUAAUUACACUUUGCAUAAAGACCUGUCAAUUAAAACUCAGCUACACGCUUCUACAAAAACUUUCAUGCCUGUCUCCAAACACACCAAAACCCACUCAUUAAAAACCUUUCCACCCAAAUAUUACCUGGCAACCCCAGGCAUUGUCUAAAAUGGAACUGGUUCUGUGACUUGCUAGAAAACUAAACUGGGAGAAAAAAUAUAUAUAUAUAUACAGCUAGAUAAUUAUUCAACUUCCAGUCAAGUGCCACUAGUGGGUGGGUUGCUUCUUAUCAAGUACUCAUGUUAUCUAUAGCCUUUAGCAUAUAUGCUUAUUAUGCACCAAUUGUACAGAUUGUAUAUAUUAUUGUGAAAAUAAAAAAAUAAAAUUAUAGAAUACAAUACAUUGUAGGUAUGUUUAAAUAUCUAGUGUGUCAUGUGUAAGUAGUUAAAUUAUUUUAUUUGAAAACAGUAAUUAAAAUAAUAUUCAAGAGCAAACCAUUUUUAAAAAUUAUCUUUGUAUUAAUAAUUUAUGAGAUAAAACAGUAUAUAACAUAUUGUAAUACAUUUAUUUGCUGAAAUUCAAAGUUGUAUAAAUAUUAAAUUUAUAUAACAUAAGAUAUACCUAUGGCAUAUUUUUACUAUGUUAAAAAAAAACUAUAUGUACUUACUAUCUACCUACUUUUUAGUUUAUUUGAUCAUUCAAUUUAUAUACUUCACUCAUAUUUUAAUCGCUGAUUUUUAAUACAAACUAAUAUAUUUUUUUGUAAUUCUUACUUAUAAUGUUUAAUUAUUAAACACUAAAAUUGAAAAAAAACAAUUAUUUAGGUAGGUACAAUCUACAAUGACAAAAUUUAAGUGUUCAAUAUCAUGGAUUAUUUCAUAACUAUUCAGUUAAACAAAUAAUACAAAAAGGAAAUGCAAAUGAUUAAUACAUAUUCACAUAUUCUAUACACAUUAUAUUAUUUAUUAACAUUUAAAUAAUUCAGUUUUCGGCAAAAUAGUAAAAUUCUUAAAAAAUUCAAACAAUACAAAUAAAUAUAGCUCAAUACAAAUAUUUUAAAUAAAGUUACAUAAUUUUUUGAGCACGUUAAUAUAAACAAAUAAAAUAAAAAUAUAUUUAUACAUAUAUUCAGAUCAAAAAGUAAAUCUCAUCAAUUAUUAAUUAAAUCCUAAAGCAUUAUAAAAAUGUAAAUAAAAUCCAACAUUCAAUAAAAUUAAGUUAAAAUACGAACUAGAUAGUAUAAGCUGUUAACAAUAAAGCAAUAUACAUAAUAAUAAAUAAUUUUCUCAAUAAAUAAGCAUUCUUUGAUCAACAAUAAAUAAUUUAUUCCCUGCCCUUUAAUUUUUUUUUUAAAUUUUUUCUCGUUUUUUUUUUGCAUUUGUGUAACAUUACUUACUGUUGUAAUAAGCAGUAUUAUUAUAAAUAAAAUAAACUAAUAUGGUGCCAGACAAUGUAGUAAAAUGUAGGUAACAAAAAAAUAUUACAAAAAUUCAGAAGAUAACAUACCCUUAGGUUUUUCAAAUGAUUCAGUAAAUAGACUUUUUGAUAAAAAACUAUUUAAACGAGUAAUAGGUCCACCAUGUCCAGCAGGUGUAAUAAGAAUAAUUUUUUUCAAAUAUAAUGAAUUAAUAUAUUUUAACAAUUUAAUGAAUUGUUUUCCAUACUUCUGAUGCAUUGCAAAACUAACAAUACUUAGGAAUUCAACUAACAUGGUAGCGGUGAUGUCUGGCAUUGGGUUUUGAUUCAAUGUACCAGCCAGAAAAAUCCAUGCUUGACUUAGGGCUAUAACUGAUUGAUCAUAUAUUGAUGAAGUAAGUAUAAGGACUGCAUAAAGACGUAGAAUACCUGUCAUACGCUUUAGGUAUUUAUCAUGAGAUUCAAUAUUUCCCAAUGAAUCAAAUUUGUAACCAAAUGAGUAAUGGUCUAUUUGUUGAACAGUUAAAUUUUUUGCUAUAGGAUAACAAAAUGGAACUAAUAAAGGGCAUUUUUGUUUUAUCUCUGCAACAAGUAUGUUUCCGAAUUGGUGAUGCACUUUCCAAAGUUUUAUUAUAACUGCUGAGAUUGCAAAAGCUGCUUCAGUUUUGACACAUAUUACUUCUUCUGCAUAACUGAUAAUUUUUGUAGCUAAAGUUUCCAAACAAAAUGCCAACACUUCCUGAUUAUUACCAAUCAUAACUUGUGUAUUUCCUACAUAAACCAGUUUUCCACUUAACAAAUCAUUUAAUUUAUUAAAUUUGUCAUUUAAAUGAACUGCAUUAGUAGAUGAUAUAGUAUUCACAAGUGUAGUAAUAACUUUGAUUAAAUUUUGCCUAAAUAAUUUUUUAGUAGGAUCAUUUAUAAAUGGUACAUUUUUUAUUUUAUUUAAGUUUUUAAUUAACGCCCUAUUGUUUUUAACCAAAGAACCGUAUUGCCGCUUAAUAGGUCUUAUAUUUUUUUCAUUGGGAAUAUUGACAGAAAAAAUGUUUAAUGGAUUUUUUUUUAAUUUGGUGUUUGCCUUAAUUGUUUCUAGUUUUGCUUGAAUUGGGAUCAUUACAUCAUUUUUAUAUAAUAUAAGAUCUUUCAAUAAUUUUUCUACAGCAAUUAAGGAAACUUCUUCAACAACUUUUACAUUUUUUAAAAUAUCUAAUUGUGAUUUCAUCAAUUGGUAAUCAUUAAUUUGUUUGUCAAUAUUUAUUAUUAACUGUUGGUUGUUUAAAUAAUUAUUGAUGUUAUUUACAAUUAAAACUGCUUUGGUCAGGGCGCCUUUAAAACAUAUUUCUCUAUUACGCUGUUGGGAAUUAAAUACAAUUGUUUGUUGAAUGUUUGUUUGAUUUUUGAUUUGAUCCAAAAACAGUUGGUAAUUUUCUUUUUUAACAAUAAUUUCUUCAUGUUGAAAUUUUGGUUUGGGCGAAAUGUCAUUUUUUUUAUUUUGUAACAUUUCAUCCUUUUUUUUCUGCCACAUUCUAAUUAUUUCUUUAAUUGACUGUUGUACCAUUGUCUUCCGUAUUAACUCCAAUCGCGAAGAUGUAUUGGAACGAAAUUCACAAAACCAUUCACUUUCAUUAUUAUCUCUCCCAAUAACUUUAGAGGAUGAAAAUUUAUUAACAGAUUCAAUGAGGUUUUCCUUUAAAUAAUGACUGUUGACUUCAGAAAAAUUGCUUCUAAUCAAUUUUAAACGGUUUUUCAACAAUGUUGAAGUAUAAUUAUUAUUAUACAUAAACUGUUGACAAAUAUUUUUCCGGAUGAGAAGGGCAUGAUUAUUGAGGUUGAAAUUAAAAAAUGAUGCGUUCGGAGCCAUUAUCUUAUAACGAAUAAGUAGAUUUAUUUUUUUUUUUCAAAAUGUAAUAAUUUGUACUCACGUGGUUUUCAUUGAAAAAUGCGGCAUAAUCCAACCUGGAACAAUAUUUCAUGCAGUAACCAAAAUGCAUUCGCUCUUAACGAUAACUGAACUAAAACUAAAAUAUUUUCAACAACAUAAACAUAGGCACCUAUCUAAAAUUCUUAAGUGCAGCAUACGCGAUUACGAGUUAUACGUCGCCCGUAAAAGAAUAGUCAUAAUUUAUAACUUUAAAAACCGGUCUGACCAGGCGAUUUAGCGAUUAUACACAAUAGUAAUGUGGCCUUAUCACGUAUUAGAACGAUAAACUAAAUUAAAUAUAGUCAAUGCUGGUGAAAUACCAUUUUCCAAACAAUAUAGAUAUAUUUAUACACUGAAAUGUUACCUACAUCGAACAUAAAUGGUAAGUAGAUAGGUCACAGUGUUUCGUAAUUGAUCGAAAUUUCAAUGUUAAAACUAUUAAGUAGGUACCUACUUUAGAAGUAAAAUAGAGACCUAAUACAAUAAUAUAAAUAUAGAUAAUAUAAUUAGCACCAGUAUUUAUUGAUUACUAUAAUUUCGGCUAUAUUCAAAUGAUUUUUGAAAAAAAAAAAAAAUAAUACUUUGGUGGCUAAUUUCGCCGGGAGAGGACAGCAUCCUACACUGUUCUUUUCUCGUAAAUACGCAUGCCUAUACACCGUAAUGGUUGGUAAUAAUAACUGUUUUCUUUUUCAUCCGUGUUGACCAAGUACGGGACUCGUAAAUCAAUAUAAUAAUAAUUCAAUAAUUAUUGUCGUUCCAAAUAUACCAAUAAUCCUGUAUUAGUUAUCCUUUAGGUUUUAAAGAAACUGGAUUUAAAGAAAAAAGAAGUAUCUUAUGUGUUAACCCAAAACAUAUUCUACCUGUGUGCAUAAUUUCAUACAAAUCAUUUAGGCCAUUUUGGUGUGAUUGGAGCACUAUUCAAACACCGUGCGCCAUAACGUCAUUGUAUCAAAAAUGAUAGGUACCCCUCUACUGUCUCCCUUACCUAAGCAUAAAAGUGGAAUAUUUCGUCAAUGGGUCGACGAAAAAUAGACAUUUAAACACCAAAAUAUACCUAUUUAACACUUCAAAAAUGUAUGACAUUUUUUAAUAUAAAUUGCCACUUGAAAAUUAAAAUUAGGUAGUUAGUUGUUUCUCUCCUAAAAAUUAGGGUGACAAAAAAUAAUGAUACCAUUCUAGUGAAACCAUUUUAGAGCUGCUUUUUUCUUAAAUUUUUAAAAAAAAAAAUAAAAAAUUCAUAUAACACACAGUGUUAUUAUUUAACAGCCAAAGGUUAGGUUCUUAGUUUAGAUUCUACAUCCAGUAACUCUCUGGUUACAUCUAUUUAUGAUUCUAUACAGGCCAAAAAACAAUAGAAAGUGAAUUUUAUAAUGCUAUUUCUCACGGUUUUGUAUAGAGUUCAGCGUAAAAUAAUUCGGAGAAACUUUUUCGACAAAAGAAUAUUAUGUUAUUAUUUUUAUUGAAUGCAUUUUUCAACAAAUUAAUAUUAUUUCUGUUAAAAAAUAUAUAAUAUACUAUAAACAACCGUAGGUAGUUUUUGGAAAUAGCAAAUCAAUACUCUUCUGAAUAACUUGUAAGUAUAUGUGCAAAACAAUUAUAUGUUCUAUUCGACACAGCAUAAUAAUAUUAUAGUAUAUUAUGUCAAUAAUUUAAGAACGUUGAUUUUUUUCUUAUCUGGAAAUCAAAUAAAUAACAACUACGAAUCGUUAAAAAAAAAAAAAAAAAAACCAAAAACAAAUUUACUCGUGGAAAUCUACCUACACAAUAAUAUGAUAUAAUAACGUCCGUGAAGUAGGCCUCUCCAUAUUAACGUAUCAACUCCAAACUAUACCAUUAUUUUGUAACAAAUUUGCAACAAUUUGUAAUCAAAGUUUUAGAAUUUGCAACUAAAUAUAUACGACACAAAACCGAUUUAAUUGAUGGGGGGACCAACUUCACGCAGCCCCCCCCCCCACAUAUCGGCCUAUUGACUCUAAAUUGGUAUCAUUAUUUUGUAACUGAUUUGCAAUUAUUUGCAACCGUUUUCAGAAUUUGCAACCAUUUUUUUUUCGCCACAAAAUCAAUUUUAAAAAUGUAGGUAAACAAUUGGUCUCAAUCUCUUAUCUAUGUUGAACCACAAAACUAACACACAAUAAGUUUGAGGCAUCCUAUCCAUUUCUUUAUUAUCUUGUAUAUGUUACAGUUAAUGUUGUAAAAACGGUUAAUGUCGUUACAUUUAUAUUUUUUGAACAUAAAAACCGAUUCUAUGCUAUUAGUUUAAAUACUAAAAUGUAUGAGCCUAUUAUCAAACUUAAAGGAAAGAACAUUGUCUGUUUUUGUACGUCGGUUUUUUUUCGGUGUUUUAAUUUUCAAGUGAGUUAAAAGCAUGUGAAAUAUUACAAUUUAAAAAUUGUCGAAUCUAGAUUAAAAAUUAAAAUAUUGAGAAAAAAAGUUACGUACAAACACAAACAAUAUGCUUACCCUUAAGUUAAUACGCCAAAAUAUUCCAAUAUUAAAACGAACAGCAUAAAAUAGGUUAAAGUGUAAUUAUAACAACAUUAACCGAUUUUACAAUAUUCACCUUAUAUAUAUAUCCGAUAAUUGCGACAAAGUAAAUACAAACGAAAUUUAAGAUAACUCAUUUUCUGUUUAGUUUAAGAGUUUUCACUUUUCAACAAUGUUUGUCGUAAAUUUUGUAAUAAACUAAAUAUUUGUUGUACUUAGUGCUAACAAAAAAUAUUAACCGUAAUGUAGUAAUUUUUUUAUGAGCAAUUUAAAAUCUUAAAAACUUAAUAAAUUCGCGUAGAUAAAUUGAAAAGUUGUGAAAGGUGACGCAGUGUUAUUGUAGUAUAGUACUCAGGUAUUUACAAGUAUUGGUUUUUUUCCAGAUAAAGUUAAGAUAAAGGUAAAACAUGGAAGUGUACCAAUAAUAAAUAGUCCCAGACGUGUCCUCAUAAAAUUAAUGGGAAAAUUAAAGGAACUUUUAAAAAUGUUAUGUUCUAAGAAAAUAAUUGAGAAAAUUUAAGAGCCAAGUGAAUGACAAAACAGUUUAGUAGUAAUUGAAAAACCGGAUAAAUCACUUAGAAUGUGUUUAGACUCUAGGGACUUGAAUAAGAAUAUUAUGAGAGAAAUGGUUGAAAUUCCAACCCUAGAUGAAGUUAGAAAUAAAUUAAUAAAUAAAAAAUUGUAUACACUAGUGGACUUGAAAGAUGGGUUUUAUCAAUGUGAGUUGGAAGAAGGUUCAAAAAGAUAUUGUGCAUUCAGUACACCAUAUGGUACAAUUUUAAUAGACUACCAUUAGGAAUAGCGUGUGUACCUAAAUUGUUCCAGCAAUUGACAAAUAAAUAAUUUAGAGAUAUUCAAAAUGUGUGUGUGUGUGUACAUUGAUGACAUUUUAGUUUAUGGUAGAACAAAGGAAGAACACGAUGAGGCUCUUCAAAAAGUAAUGGAUAGAGCCAGGAUAUUAAAUAUAUAAUUUAAUCCAAAUAAAAUACAAUAUCAAAAAAAAUGAAAUAAAAUGUUUAGGUUUGAAAUUUAGUGAAAAAGGAAUAGAACCAGAUGAAGAUAGUAUAAAAGCCAUAUUAGAGUUAAAAAGUCCUACUAAUUUGAAAGAAAAAUGGUAUGAAGGAGAGAUUGUAAAGAAAACAAAAUGGUCCAGGUCAUACUAUGUGAAAAAUGCAAAAGGGAAAGUAUUGAGAAGAAAUAAUUGUUAUGUAAAAAAGAAAUUUAAGAUUAAGGACAAGUUUAUUAAUGAUGAUGUUAUGAAUAUAGAUAAAAAGAGGAUGAUGACAGUAAUGAGAAUAAAGGUUCUGGGAGUCAGACGUUAAUCACUGGCAAUAAUAACAAAAAACAACUAGAGGAUAGUAAGAAAAAAGAAGUGACAGGGUGUAUUAGAACAAGAGCUGGUAAACAAAAUAAAAACCAAAUAAACUUAAUUUGUAGAAUCUUAAGAACUAGUAAUUAGUAUUUGUAUUGUUUAGUUAGCAAGCAUCAUAUUUAAGUAUUGUAAUUUUUAAGCAUAUAACAUAUUGUGUAUCUAUAUUUAUUAAGUUUCUAUAUAUUGUAUUCCUAAAGGAGAUGUUGUAAUGAUAAGACUAUGAUAAGAUAUUCAUAAGAUUGUAAUAAGCACGAGACAUCACAUACGUUAUUAAAUAUGUUAUGUAAAUAUAUAAGGUAUUAAAUAUAUUAUGUUAUUAUACGAGGGCUAAUCAAAAAGUAUCAAGACUGGUAGUAUCAUUCGGAAAAGGAGCAUCGAAAAGCAGUAGGAUUAGUAUCACUUGCUUCUAUGACUUUUUCUGAGUACAUUUGUUUUUAUUGNUUCUGAGUGCAUUUGGUUUUAUUGCUUCUCUAUAAAAUUCUUCGGUUUGAUUUCACUGAUAUUUUUGUAAAAUAUAUUUUUCGAGUUUGGCGAUUUUAUAAUUAACCCAAAAGAAGAGUAACUUGACAGAUUUGGAGAUUUUAGAAAAUUUGUCUGCAUUAUUUUCAGUUUCAGAGGGAUGCAACAUUUCAUGGUUUUUGCCAUUAAAUGUCAACUGAAAAACUGAAAAUGUGCCCUCGAGUGGCAGCGAGUAGCUGCACCUAUCUCCAAUAUCAGGUUUUUUUUUAUUUUAUGAAUUUUAUAAAAUAUUGUACUGAUGCUUCGGUACGCUUCGCUUUAGUCGAGUUCCCUCUUGAAGUUAUUCCCACUUUAUGCACUACUGCCACUCACUAAUCGGCUUACGAAAAUCAAUGAAGAUGUGUGGUUAAACAUUUUCCGAUUUUCAAAAACGUUUGUACACAUCAUUUUAUUCAAUGAUAAAUUGUUAUAAAUAAUAUGUUUUACCAUAAUUAUAAAACAAUAAUUAAGUAACAAAAUUAUGCACCAAAUCAAAGUAGUUAAGUACUAUAAAAAACCGAACAAAGUACGCAAAAUACGAAAUUAUUUAAUAAAGUUACCUUUUCAUACUACACACUUUCUAUCUCACACUCAUAAAAUCUUACUAUAUUAUAAGUAUAUCGCCUCUUUCCCCCGAAAUGGACAUAUUUUAGUUUUUGAUGAAGAGAGAAAUUUUUGAUUAAUAUAUCAAUGAAAAAAUAAGAACUUACAAGUUAAUCUUAAUUUACUUUUUCCUCUAUGUAUUAUCAUAAUAUUGUAACAAUUAAAUAUUUUAUCCAUGUAUUUCAAAGUAAACGAACAAAAUAUAGGUUUUCUACAAACAAUGCAUGCGUGUAUGAAAAAUAAUGUUGAAAUUGUUAUGAUAAAUUUGUAUAUACAAAAUUGUAAAUGAGAGAUGUAGUUGACUAUUGUGAGAGUCAUGCAAAGGGAAUUGUGGGGGCAUAGCCUCCAUGGGUUUUUGAUGCUUCUAUAAUUUUAGCACCUCCAAGUUGGUAGUCUAAUUGUACUAAUAUAAUAUAUUUUUUUUUUUUUAUAAAUUUUAAAAAUAUAAUUUUGACAUAAAUCAUAAAUAUUGUGAUCUUUAAAAAUAUGUAUAACCGAAAUUCGCUUUGAAUCGUAUUUCGUUGGUAAUGGUUUAUCAUUGGUUACAAUUAUAAAUAAAAUAACUUUAUGUAUUUCACCUUCAUAACUACUCACCUACCACAGAGGUCACACCCGUAUCUAUUAUCAGUUAUUUGUAUAUAUUGAAGGUUUUUAUUGAAUUUUUUGUAAUUUUGAAUUUUUUAUGUAAUUAGUGAAAUAAUUGUAGACAAAUUAUAAUUUCUGAAAUUUCCAAGGCUCCUUUUUAGGGGGCUUGUAUACAGCCCUUUAAGUCCAUCCUUAAUUAUCUGUGUAUAAGAUAUAUAUACAUUGUUCUCACUACGAAGUUUGAAUUAUAGAAAAGUGAAAUCAUUUUCGAAUAUUUUUAACCAGCGCAUUAAAAUAAUUAAUUAUUCAUUAAAACGAAUUAAAAUGAAUUUAAUAAUUUAUUUUUAUUUUGUAUUUUACCGGAAACCUAUAUAAUAUUUACAUACUACAAAAUGUUAAUGGCACGUUAACAUCGUUUAUUAAAACAAUUAUUUCCGGCCGUAUCAUUUUUUGAUAAAUCAUACUUGUAUACCUACACAGAUCUGUAUUUAAGCGCAAAGCAGUAUCGUUAUUGGGCCUGCACCAUUGGCUAGCUUAGGAAUCAAUAUAUCCUAAGUACGACUCAGUAGUACAGUAUCUGUACAAGUAUAGGAAUUCGUUUAUAAUUCUUUCCUGGAACGUCAUUUAGGAAGGGGGGCAGGAAAAUCAAUUUUUCCAAUCCUAUAUUUUAAGGUUUAUUUGGGCUGGCUGUCUUAUAUACAUGGGCUGGUUAUAAGGACGUCAACAUGAACUGGCUAUAAAGCAAUAUCAUUAUUACGAGUAUAUAUAAAAUGCCGUAAAUGGCGCGAAAAAAAGUUGUUGGGUGAUUAAAAUUGAGUGAUUAGUGAUAACCUAUUAGUCGGUAUCAGUUAUCGGUAUCAUACAGAUGAGAAAAAAAGUCGGAGGUCGGCCGUCAGUAUCAUAGAUAUAUAAAACAAUAUAUAAAUAUAUAUUUUAUAAUAUAUUUUUUGUUGUCAGUAUAGAUCUAAGAUGAUAUCAUCUCUUAUGUUCAUGGAUGACACACACGUGUGUAUUAUCUAAGUUUUAGCUAGUAUAUGACGAAAAAAAAAAUGAAAAUAUAUUAAAAUCUCAAAAUCCCGUAUUUUAAAUGUUCGAUAACUCGCUUCUCUCGUUCCUCGUAUGUUGAUCUGAAAAUUCCGAACCCGUACGAGAAUUAUCGUACGUAUGGCAACCCUAAUAUUGGUAGUUGCUGUUAUCACCUUAUUAUUUAAGAGUUGCACAAAUUCAGUCAACAGAUGGCGUUGUAAACUAAUGGUCUGCAUUGCAACCCCCGUACGUCUUGUCUCUUCUAUCCUAAUUUGGUACCACUGACAAAUUUACACCAGUGCAUUAGAUCUUAGUCCGUACACACAAUCCACACAUUCAUCAUUUUACUACCGGUAUUUAUUGUUGUUUAAACUACUUCAAACUUCAAACUGCCUUUGGUCACUUUACCGCGCCACAAUUCGUCAUUAUUCGAAUUCAACAUUAUUAGGUAAGAUGAAAUUGUGUUAAUAUAUUUUAUUAUAUACAAAGGUUGAUUUUAUUUAUUCAAUUAUUGCAAACAAAUUUUUGCGCAUUCCUAUGAAAAAUUAUUGAAAAUUCGAAAAAAGGUUUUCAUCAUUAUUUUUGUUCGGUUUAAGAUGCUCACAGAAUCGGAGCGGCAGAGGUAGCAAAAUGUUUGCGGUAACGGAGUGAUAUAAGAUACCGCUGAAACUAACCUACUCAGAGCGAAAUUUAGCAAAAACCUCGUGGUAGUGGUUAUAUCUCUUCUAUAUAUUAUAAUUUAUAAUUUUUAUCUUGUUUAAAUAUUCGACUAAUGUUAACUAUUAUAUCUACACAUGGACCAUGUAUAGAAUUUAUUUUUUAUCUCACACGUGACUUGACAGAUAGGUCAUUGUUGUUGUAUUUCAAAUCACGACUGGACAACAUCUUUAGAUAUUCUCGUACUAUAAUUAGAUAUUAAUUUUUCAUCAUCGAUUUUAGAUUCUGAGCAAAGCGAGGAUUGUAUUGGUUUAACAAUGAAGUUUAUUUUUCAAAUUUUUGGUUUUUAUCUGUGAACAACUUUUCUACUAGAAAUUUUGCUCCGAUUUUUAAAUGUAGUACCUAUUGUUUCUGAUAGAAAAUUUUAGCUGAAUGGUACAUUAAGGUGACCAUUUUUUGAUUUUCCAAGUAGUUUUCAUAAUAAUUUGGAAAAAACUUAGGAGAAUGGGUAAAUUUACGAAAUGUAUUAUUUUCAGCUAUUAAUAUAGCCGAUAGUACAAUAUUAUUACAUUCAUGUAAUCAUAUUAGGAAAAAAGUAAAAAAAUUACUCAUCAAUUACGUAUUAAUCUGCAACUCUGAAAAAAUGGUGGAGUAACAAUUACUAUCCCUUUAAUAUAUCUACUUCUUUAAUUAUAUAUAUUUCUAUCGAGGUAUGUAUUAUUCAUAACGGGUCACUUCCCCAUAACCAUUUCCUCGAAAAACAUUUCUCCGUCCAUUUUUAUCAUCUUAUAAGAAUAAUAAAAUUAAUUAAAAAAAAUAUUAAAAAAUUUAAUCUAUAGAUCAUGUAAAUGGUAAAUAUAAUAUAUAUUUUAUUAUAAUAUAAUGCAUUUAAAAUGAUAUAAUCUAUAGAUCGUGUAAAUAUAAUAUAUAUUACUGUUGCCGUAUAAAUCGUACAUAAUAUUACAGAUAAUCCAUUAUCCAUAAUAUAUGUUGAUUAUUAGUUUAUCGGCGUAUUAUUUGAGUUUUGCACAGAUAACGAAAAAUUUAUAACAAUACAUGUUUUGUUGUAAACAAAUUGAAGCCGAUUUAAUUUAGUGAAAUAGUCGGAGAAAUAUUGAAAUGUUGACGUAUAGAAUAUAUUGGUUCUACAAUCUACAUAAUUAUAUGAUGAACGUGAUUUAGAGGAGUACUUAAUUGGCGUAUUUUUUUAAUUAUUUAUUAAUUUUAUUAUAUAUAUUAUAUUUACGUGAUUUAGGUAUAGAUUAAAUUAGUUUAUAAUUUUUUAAAUUUAUUAUUAUCAUAAGUUUUUUUAAAAUUAAAUUUUGAAUAAUUUGAAUAACUGAAUAAUUAUAUUUUUUAGAAAAGAAUACUAUCAGUAUGAUGAAAGUGUGUAUUUUCAUCUUUGGGAUAUUCACAAUAAACACGUAUGACUGCGAGGUUAUACAAGACUUACCAUCAUCUCAGAAAGAAAUAAUAUCUACAAAUCUUGAUGGAAUAAAAAUGAUUGAAAACUGUGGUUUUAGACAUAAACCAAUACUGGACUAUUGUUCGAGUUACGAUGAGUCCAAAGACCAAUACGGUAUUAUGCUAAUAUUUAAACUAGAUUAUAUUUGUAAUGUAAUGCUUAGAUAAAGAUGAUCCUAUGUAGCCUCUAGGUAAUUUGAGUAAGCUGUCUGUUUAUAUAAUAAUAGUAUUAUUUAUAUUUAGGCGGGUCCCUGAGGGGGGGAGCGAUGGGAUAGACCACCCCCCACUCCACCCAAGAGAAGUAGACUUAUAUUGGAAUUUUGCAUAAUCUGCAAUGGUCCAAAAGUAGAUAUAAAAGAUAUGAUUAAUAUAUUAUAUGACAUUAUUUAUUAGAUUCUGAGUGUAGUGAAGAAUGUAUUGGUUUUACAAACAUUUUUAUUUAUAUUUGUAUUUAUUUAUACAGUGACAAAAAUUUCUACCAGAAAUCUUGCCCCGAUAUAUACGUAUAGCACCAUUUCUAAAAGAAAAUAUUACCUUAGUAGGUCAUUUUUUGAUUAUCCAAGUGGUUUUCAUAAUAUUUGGGAAAACUCGUGAGAAAACGGAAGAAAAACGGAAAAUUUACUAAAACAAUCCUUUUUAUUAUUUUCAGUUGUGUUAUUUGUAGUAAUUUAGUUAAAAAUAUUCAUAAACUUUUUUUCUAAAAAUCGAAAAAUCUAAUAACAAUUAACAACACAUUGUUUUUUUUUCCAUUUAUUUCUGAAUUACUUUAUUGAUUAUACAAUAUACAUAUUAAAACAGUUUACCAAGCACCGUUUCAAUGAGUGUACAAACUAAAAAACCAAAUAUUCUAUAGGUACCUUCCAAAUUGUUUCUACCCACAGAUAUAUAUAGUAUAUAUCCUUUCCCAUGAAGAUAUACCUAUUGUAAUAUCUUAGGAGAUAAUCAAUUUUUUUUUUCUAUAUUACUCACUAGGAUAAUGUCUAUGAAUAUUUAAAUUGCAAUUAAUUUUUAUGUUUUGGUAAAAAAUAAAAAAAUAACUGUUUAUUAUUUUUGAAAAAUUUGAAAACAGCCAUUUUAUAGAGAUUAUUCUUUUGGACAUUUGAUGCAUCAACUUUAUUUUCAUUAAAUUCGUGAUUUUCAAUAAUUUUUUACUGUUCAGAGAAAAGAAGUACAGUUAACUUAUAAUAAUAAUUAAUUAGAGAAUUUGAUUACAGCCAGCAGCAUAAUUACAGACACUCUGGACUUUAAAAGAUUAUUAAAAAUCGCAAAUUUAAUAAUAAUAAAAAUUUGACACAUACAAGUUUUUAGAAAAAUAUACUCUAUAAAAUUAAAUUUUUCAAAAGUAAUAAAACAAAAACUAAUUUUUCAAUAAUUUUUUUAUCAAAAUACAAUAAAAUGAAUUGCAAUAUAAAUAUUUGUAGUUCUUAUCCCUAUAAAUAAUAUAAAAUAAAACAGAAUUUGAUUAUUUUUAUUAUCUCUGGAGAUAUUACAAUGGGUCUAUUUUCAUGGGACAUUGUAUCUGUGUUUUUAUCUAUAACAGUGGUCUAUCCAUGGUAUUAUACUAAUUUUAUAUUUUAUAUAUAUUUAAAAAAUAAAAAAAACUUCUAUAAUUUAUGUUAAUAAUAAUGUUAAUUGUUGUUAUUUUUUGUUGUUGUUUUAGGAGAAGAAGCCCUCUACCAUGUUUUUGAACAGUGCCCAGCAUAUCUUAGCAUAAAGGGCUGUUCGAUUGAGUGUGUUGAAUUUUUUUUUGAUUUGAAUUGUAAAAGGUUAAGCCAGUAAGUAUAUGAACCCAAGUUAUCAUUUUGGAUAAGGUAAUAAGUACUUUCUACCAAUUACCUUAUUUAAGAGGAAGCCCUACUUGCAUUUUCUGUCUAAAUAAUCUAAUUAAUGGGAAACAUGGCAAAUUUGCCACUUAGAGAAUACACUGUAGUACAAAUUUAAAAAUAACAGUAUAAACAUAAAUUAAAAACAAAAUUUAAAGAAGAAAUUAUUUUCGAAGGUACUAUGUUGUUGCUUUUCAAAAAUAUUGUCAAACCAAAAGUACACAAAUAAUUUAAAAAAAAGGAAAAACUAACAUGAUUGUGACCUAUUUUUAUUUGACAAUACUUUCUUAAAAAAUAACAUAAUGCUCUCAAAAAAUUCUUCUCCCUUAAAUUUUGUUAUUUUAGUUUUAAUUUUAAUUUUAUUCUGGAUGCCAGAAUUUUUGUUGAAAUAAGUAAAUUAUUUUGCUAUGUUGACUAUGAUAUAAUUAAUAAUUAAUGAGUAUACUUAAAUAAUUCUGUCAGUAUAAUUUCAUAACCCUUAUUUAUAACAAUUUACAGGGAAAAGCUACAAGAAAAAUAUAAUAAGCAGGAGAAUGAUCAAUUGGAAUUCAAGUAUAUGAAUUUUUUAAGGCUGUCUUCUAUAAUUGCGUAACUUUGUUUACUGCCUGACAAUUGAUACAAUAUUAUACAGGGAUAUUUUUUAAACAAUCAUUCUGAUGUAUCCUAACUAGGUAUUUAUAUUAUAAAUCAAUGUAGAAAUGACAAUUAACUUUUUAUACUUGUAUUAAUUUUAUG